UAUCACGGCGAUACGAAAAUACGCCUUUGUUCAGGAUGACAACGAUGUCCAAUAUCUUUUGGAUAAUAUGCCAAUAUCUAUGCACAAGGAUUUUGGUAAUACAGUACAUGGGGCUGGGGACACCGUAUUGGAGGAGGAUAAGAUGGAGGAUUUACUUUCAUACAUUUCCUUCGAGCCAAGCAUUUUGGACUUUAAAGAAAGACAACUUGGUAUUCCUCACCAAGAAACUGUGAUCAUGAUUAACAAGGAUCACAAUAAAACUAUACAUCUUUCAUCGAUAUCUGGAAAUACACGUCACUUCCAUUCAUCGUUUUUUCAAAACAAAGUAAUUCCACCAUUGGGAAACACAACAUUUAAUGUUAUCUUCCUUGGUCGAGAGGAAGGUGAUAUUGAUACACACCUUUUUAUACACACGUCAGAUGGAACGUUAAAGUAUCAGGUCAAAGGUGUAAGUGUGAGUAGUCCUUACAGACUCAGACCCGUAGUCGAUGUCAAGUUACCAUUAAACGCAUCUUUUACACCCCUUAUAUACAUGCACAAUCCACAUUCAGAAGCGUUACAAGUCAUGGAAGUAUAUAGCAGUGGUGGAGAAUUUCAAUUAGAAUUACCAUCAGGCGAGCCAGAAGGCACCCGUGAAUUAUGGGAAAUUCUACCCUAUCAAACGAAGCCUGUCAUCAGACUAACUUUUAACGCGUAUACGGAAAAAAAUCACACAGCAUAUAUUAGAUUUAAAGUCAAUAACACUGCUGAGAUCCUUGUAGUAGCAGUCGAAGUAGAAGUUAAAAGUGGAGCUGGUCUUCAUUGGGGUGGAAGUUCCGGAGUGAUUAACUUGGGGAUGGGUGGCUCAUUGCAGCCACCUAUUCGCCAUCCUAUUGCUUUAAAAAAUUCGGCGAAGAAAGCAAUCAAAGUUGUGAAUAUUAUAAAUACGCCGGUAUCAAAAGCGUUGAAGCUGCAGUUUGAAUCAGCAGUAAUUCCAGGAGAGACUGACGUACCGAUCACUAUCGGAAUGCUGGUUUACGAUUGGAAAACUGGUUUGGACUUGCAGCAUUUUAAAGGCAAGUUAAUAAUAAAAGCAAUAGGUCCGGGUGGCUCUAGUCAGAAAUUAGCAGUUCCGUGGAUAGCCCAAGUGUUGCAAGGCGGAUUAGAAGUGAACACGUCGAUCACUCAUUAUUGUUCUCCGCAAUCCAAUCAAGCUCGGAACUUCAGCGUGGUGAACAAAUUCAAAUUGCCACUAGCUAUCACAAACGUCACCAUGUGCUCUAACGCGAAAUCGCUUUUUACGAUAAAAGAUUUUACUCCUAAAGUAAUAAAGCCUGAGCAAAAAGUCAAUAUAUUUUCUUUACAACUUACCAAAGAGCGGAAGAGUGAUAACGUGAAAAUGGAAUCGUCGAUAUUGAUACACUCGAACGUGUCCGUGACCGAGGUCCCGGUGCUGAGCUACGACGGCAAAGUGAGAAAAAUCAUACCGGGCGAGAAGGAGGACGACAUGGGGAUAAUGAAUUUCGGCACGGUCGGAAGCGGAACCGAGAACGAGGCGAUUUUCGCGCUUGAAAAUCAAAACCCGGUCAACGUGGAGCUGCACAGCUGGGGCGUGAACAUGCCCGGCGCGGUUCUCGAACUGAUGGGGUGUCAGAACGGUCCCGCGGAUCUGUUGGACACGGAAUUUCGAAAUAUCACCGUGUGCAGCCCUUCUGGAAAUCAAUACAUAAAGCCGGAAUUCUUGGCGAUCUUUAAGAUCAAAGUGAAAACUCCCGUGGUCGAGGAAGACACAAUUGUCGGUGACGUUUUCGUGCGAACGACGUACGAACGAUUCACAUUGCCGGUGUACAUGCGAGUCGCGCACGGCAAGAUUUCCCUGAAGAAGCUCAUUUUCACCGAUUGUUUCCCCGGAUCGAUCUGCGUGCAACAGGUGAAGGUGCACUCCACGUUCUCGAGACCGAUGGAAGUGACGCGUGUAACGCCCUUGAAUAAGGACGACAGAAUAAAGUACAUUCCAUUGGAGGAAGCUACUGUGCCGGUCAUAUCUAAGGGCGAGAACAACAUCGGUUCGAUACAGAUUGACUCUUCGGCCACCUGCAAGGAACAUUGUUAUCUGGGUUUAUCAGUGGACACUAACAGCAGUCAGUGGUUGAACACGCUGAGCCUUCCGUCGCACACUCGCGACACCGACCUGAACCUGUUGAACACGCGAUACGCGCGCUUCGUCAACUCAACCGCGGGCAGCUCGUGGGAGAACAUCACGAUGCGUCUGGACACGAACGAAGUGCGCGGUCACCGUUUUCACGUAAACCUCAAACCGCACUGGCCGAGCUUGUUGAUCAGCUCGAACAGCAUUAAGAACAAGAGCGUUCUAAUGUUUCCGCUGACGCAGGUCGGAAAUACAUCAUACAAAGCGGUCAAACUGCACAAUCCGAGUGCGAGUCCACUGAUGGUUCAGCUGGUCAUGGACUGGAGUUAUCCCCAAGGAGUGCGUCUCUACGACUCUUUGCCAACAAAAUUCAAACCCGCGUGCGCGAAGUGUUCGUUCACGAUCCCGCAAGAAUUCAAACUGGAGGAAAACGCGAACGAGCGAGCGGUGUACGAAAAAGAGUGGGACGUGUCGAUAGCACCCCAAUCGUUUCCCUUAUAUUUAUAUCCUAUGAAAACAAGGACAAUUCGCAUAGCGUACACACCCUUGUCCGCUUCGAUAUCAUCUGGUUUUUUAUACAUUAGAAAUAAUUUGACUAUUUUAGAAGUGUUGCGUAUGAGCGGUCGAGGCGCGAACGCUCAAUUUAGAUUUGGCAAUCGGAAACCGGGCUCCGUCGCACCGCCCUUGCUGUUUGAAUUGACGGACAAGCAUCUUCAAGAAUGCGAAUAUCGCGCCAGACGCAACACGAUCCCCGUUCUCAGCGUGAAGCGGUCCUUCACGGCUAAGAAUACGGGGGAGCUGCCGAUCGAGGUUUACGGUUUCUACAUUAACAAUUGGCGGUGCGAGGGCUACGGCUUCAAGGUGCUCGAUUGCACGCCCUUCAAAUUGAAUCCGAACUCCACAAAGAGAAUCGACAUUGCGUUCACGCCGGACUUCACACUGUCGCGCGUAGAACGAAAGCUGCUGGUGUCGACGAGCGUAGGACCGGACAGCGGCGGCGGUGAUAAAUUCGAGAACGGCAUGCUCACGUUUAAUUUAUUGGCGACUCUGCCGCCGUACUGGUUGGACUCGUGCGCGUUGGUGCUCCUUAGGCCAGCGUGGGAACGCGUGGUGCAGUGGUCCGCCCUCUGCGUCUCGUCGAUAUUGGGAAUGUGCGUGGUCGCGGUCACGGUUCUCGAGGCGGACCGAAUACUGCGAAACGCAUUGACUACCUCGAAGGAGAGUCCGAUGCAACCGCCGCUCGAUCUGAGACUGUUGUCGCACAGCUCGACGCACGGCGGCGCGACGCAAAUCGUCGGCGACGCCGCCAACAACAAGCACGAGAAGAUCUCCGACGAGAGGGGCAAGUCGAGGAAGGAGGAAACGUAUCCGGACUGGGCGUUGAUGAACGUGAAGAAGAUCAAAGACAAAGACGUGCAAAAGGGACUAAAGAUCCCGGACUGGACCGCCGAGGAAGAACGCAGAUUCAAGCUGGACACCGAAUCGAAGGACUUGCUGUCGUACAAAAGGUGCGAGGAGUCGUCAGUUACGGAUAACGCGAGCGCGACGAACAAUACGUACGGGUCGAAGAGAAAGAACAAGAGACAACACAACAACGUUCAAGAGACCCAGUCGGACAAUUGCGAAGCAAACGAUACAACUCAGUUGAUUCAAGAGAAAAAGUGUAUUGUCAACGCGGUCGCAAAAUCGAGUCCGACACUGAACAGAAAAGGAAAAACACAAUCCGUGCAGUCGAGCGUUAAAGAAGAAACUAAGUUCGAUCAAGAAGUUGCGAUGGAUACCGGGAUAAUCGGCAACAAUCGAGCCGCCAAGUCAGACAACAAGCGAAAUAAACAGACGAACGGUGGCGGAAACAGCAAUAGCAAUCACAAUAAUCAUCACGAUUCGUUGAAGAAACUAGAAUCCGCGAGUUCUCAAAAGAUCGUUCAACUCUCGGAAGAAGAGACUUCGUCCACAACAACCGAGAGUUCAACUCACGACGAUGCGAUGUGUAAGGGUUUCGACCAGUCGUGCGGGAAGCAAGAGAAGCUCCAAAGGAAGCCAAUCUCAAAGAAGAACAAACCUCAGUCUAUUCCAACUGUGCCAUGCAUAGAUUAUAAGGACAAUUACGAAGGUGACUGUGAUGAUGACGAAUACGAUAAGGAGAAGCAGGAUAAUCCAAACAGAUGGAAGACGAGCAUCAGCAAGUCCACCACGAAGCAUACCUCACGUACCAUCGAGUCGUCUCUUAAGUUACCGCGUCAAAAUAAAAAUCCACCGCGAAAAGAGAAAACGGUGCAGAAGCGUCGAGUUUUCGCCGACAAGAUGCACGUCAAGCCUCCUUCAGUAAACGAGAACGUAAGUCAAAAAGAGGACGUAAUGCGCACCAUGGAAACGAUUCCGCCUCCGUUGCCGCCUCCUCCGCCCUCUCGUUGGAACGAGAACAGAGCUAAAUUCAGCGACGUGGUGGCCCGAAGUCAGGAAAUCGUCUCCCCCUAUUCCCCCGGUUCUAAUCACGUCAAUCACAUGAACCACAAGAGUCAGAAAAUCACGUCGAACUUGUCCUCGAUGUUCAACACGGACGUCAAAGACAUGCAGCAGUACGCCAAACCGGCGCAUCUGGCGCAAGAAGUGUCGACGCAAACGUCCAAGGAGUACAACAACAGUCUGAUGUCAAAACCGGGUCCCAUGUCGAUCGCGUCUUCGGAUAGAGACAAGACGCACGAUCUGAACUCUCUGAUUCUGCAGUCGGACUCGCAGCAUUCGAACAGUUAUUUCGUCAACACCUUCACGGAACAUCCUCAGUUCGAGCGCGAGCUGGUGCCGUACGACGAUCUUCCAGAGACCGACGAGCGGAAUUUGGUGGAACUGGAAACGCCCGAGGAAGACACGCGGUGCCAAUUGUGGGAGGAUACUAGUCCUAUAAUCAAUUUACUGUCAGACAGUUCGAGCGGCAUUCACUCGGACUCGUCGAAAACCUCAGACAGAUCUAUUAUAUCCGACUUAAAAGAUAAUUGGACAGACGACACAAAUUGGGAACCGUUGUACACCAGAGCGGCUGUGGGAGAAGAACGCAGCGGAGUGUGGGGAAUCAACACCGGGGGUGUAUGGGCCGCGGCUCCCUGGGGCGCAGCCGCACCGCCCAUGUCGCAAACGUUACAGUCCGAAUCGGCUAUGCAAGAGAGAUCUGGAUUCGACCCGUUUCGUUCGCUCAGCACAAUAUGGACUCCGUCGUCGACGGAAUCGUGGAAGCGUGAAGAGUAAUGAUUGGGAAUUUCGAUUUUUACCUUUGUGAUAUACAUGGAUGUUUGUUUGAUUUUUUUCUUUUUUUUGGCAAAAAUCGAAAAGUAACGACGGUCCUCUAACGGGAUGGCAAUGCAGUUGCCGCCCACCCCCCACUGGGAUCGAUUAAAGUUUUUUGAUGAGGAACGGAAAUUGUUACGCAGUUUUUUUUUUUUUUUUCGUUGUUUCGACUAUACGCUGUGCGUACUUUGUGAUAUAAUUGUUACUAUUGCGUUGUACGACAGUAACACCGACCGAACAGUCUUUCGAAACGAGUUAUUUUCGUACAAUUUCUUACAACUAAAUCUAGAUGUUAUGCUUUUUAUUUUCUAUUUCGUUAUUUAAAAAAAAAACACAUACGAUAACUUUGGAUUAUCGUAGAUAUUUUUUGCAGGAUAAUCGCAGA